GACGGCAAAAUAUUAUGUAAACAAUGUAAUAGAAACAUAACGCAGAUGUAAAUUUUAUUAUUAUAAGUUUUUAUAAUACGUAUUAUAUGGGCUAUUUUAUUCACAUUCAAACAUAAACCUUCAGAGACAUGUAAAAUUAUAUCUACUGAUUCCAAGAUCUAGAAGUAUCAUACAUUUUCAUAAUGCCACCGAAGGGUAAAGCUAAGGGUAAGGGUAAAGAGCCAUCGGCUGGCGCUGCCGCUGCAAAAGCUAUGAUGGCGGCUGGUCCUCCACCAAAGCCUAAGAAACCCCCUCCACCACCAGCGUGUUUCGGUCCGGAUGAUUUGGCAAAGUUCAAAGAGCUUUUUAAGGCUUUUGAUGAAGAAAACAUAGAUAAGGUGAAACUGGAAGCAAUUCCAGUGAUGUUACGAAAGUUAGGCUUCAAUCCAAAAGGUGCGGAAAUAAAGGAACUUUUCAAACUAUUCCUUGAGGAUGAAUACGUAGAUACUGUAGAAUACCACGAAUGGUUGUUCAUGAUUGAAGCCAAGAUGAAUUGGGGCGAUGAUUUUGAGUUGGCCGUGACGAAAGCAUUCGCUGACGUAGGCCAUGAUGAUGAAAAUACGGGAAAAGUGGAUUUUGAACUUCUACGAGAAGAACUUAUGAAAUGGGGCGAACCUUUAUCAGAGAUUGAGUUUGUGGAUUGGAUGAAAUUAGCUAUCAAAGAUAAGACAUACAACCCUGAGGAUGGUACAUUUAACUAUGUCAAGUUUAUCGAGAACAUGAACGCGAAAGAUGAGAGGUAUAUUAAGGAGCCGAUUAAUUUCUUCAAAUUGGAUCAAAAGACUUUAGCUGCGAUGGCGAUAAAGAAGGCUCAAGAAGAAAAAGAGGAACAGGAGAGGAAAGAGGCCGAGAGGCGAGCUAGGGAGGAAGCGAAACGGCAAAGGAUGAUCGCUGAAGGUUUAAUACCACCAGACUAACGAGUAACAGCCUAUAAUCUUCUUGAACCGCCAGAUAAAAGAAGCCAAUUGUACAAACAGCGCUAUAGUAUGUAUCAUGGCGCUUCGGUUUCUGUUAACACGUUUGUUUCAGAUUUCUAUUUAGUUUUGUGCCUACCUCCCAAAUUAAAAGGUUAGUUAUUUAUCUUACGGGUCUACUUAAAUAUUAUUCAUUAAUAAUGUGCUUAAAAAGACGCAAAAAAGUAUUGCAAUGUUUAAAUUUUGUUGUUGAUUUAGCGUAUUGUGAAAUCUUUAUUACUCACUUAAAUAUUUCAGUUUUAUGCAAUAAAUAUUACAAAUUUUUA